ACACACUCACACACACACGCAAGAUUGUGAGGAAGUUUACUGUAAACUGAAGUCUGACGAACACUGUCAUGAGCGCUCGAGCUGAGAUGGACUGGACGUCGUUUUGUGCGCUGUUCAUAUGCGUUUCAUAUGUUAGUUCAACAAAACUACAUGAAGCAGCUCGAGUGAAGGUCACAAAUGAAGGUAUAACCAGGUUCUCUUUUAAAGACAAUAAUAUUAGUUUGGUGAAGCUCGUCAGCACCUCUGGUAAUAAAACCAUCUGGGUCGGAGGACACAAGGUCCUCUAUUCCAUCAGCCCAACACAAGCCCCCGAACCCUGUCAGGUGGAAGUGGAUCUUUGUCAGGACGAAAGCAAAGAUUCAGACAACCCUCAUUGUUUAAACCGGAUCUCUCUGCUCAGAGAAGGCGUGGAUGGAAAUCUCCUGUUCAUUUGUAGAUCUCGUGAUGGAAAUGCACGGUGCUGUAACGUGAUCUCCAAUUAUUCUCUGAAUGACUGCUUCACGUCAGAACAUUAUGAGCCGGAUAUUAAUGAGCCGUCAUUACUUAUUGGUAAUAUGCUGUACUUCACCAAGUCUGAGAAGGGAUUGUACAGGAUAAACAAGGAGGACAGAAAUGACAUCAUUUGGUCUCAGACGUUUCCAGAGGGGCUAACAUACCUGAAGCUGAUCGUUGGGAAAGGACUACACAAAGACAAAGUGUAUUCCUUCUUCGCAGAGAAGCACAGAGACGGUGAGCACUGGAUUCCGCGAGUCUCUCAGAGCUGCAUGAACGACAGAGGCGGGUCCAAGAGUCUGCUUCAGAGCAGCUGGACGUCUAUGAUUUUCACCAGUCUGUCCUGUGGGAGAGGAUAUGAAUUCACUCAGAUGAUCGAUGUGGCCACACUAGACACAGACGACGACACCAAGAUUUAUGUGCUCUUCAGAAAUUAUUGGAACAUGAGCGCUGUGUGCGUUUAUAACAUGUCUGAAAUCAGCAAGCUCUUCAGUUCCUCUGAAUUCAACUCCACCGACGUUCCUAAGAACCACCGGCCUGGAACGUGUGUGGAGGACAGUACUCGUCUGCCCAGUGAUGUUCUGGGGUUUAUGAAGAAUCGUCCAGAGAUGAAGGAUUGGGUGAAGCCAGAAAACAUCUCCCUGUUGUUCAGACACCGCCAUUACACUCAUAUACAGGUGGACCGGGUAGGAGACCAGAACGUCAUGCUUCUGUCUCUAGAAAGCGGAGGGGUUCAUAAAGUGCUGGUAAAAGAGCCUGUUUUUGUGAUUGCGGAGUAUCUGCCAUUUCCACGAGGGACGCACAUCACCAGCAUGCUGCUGGACGCUUCGGAGAAGCGUCUGUAUGUGAGUUCCAGUAAUGAGGUCGUUCAGAUUGACCUACAGAGAUGUCAUGAUUAUGGAAAUGAGUGUCACCAAUGCAGUUUAUCUCAAGACCCCUACUGCGUUUGGGACGGUUUGAGCUGCACUUCUAGAGCAAAAAGCCACGUCCAGAAUUCCAUGAGCUGCAGUGAGCUUAAAGCUGCACCAUCCAAGACUGAAAUCCAACUGAAGACACCAGUGACCCAUGUCCCUCCAUACUCCAACCACUUCUUGCUCUGUCCAAUGAUGUCAUACCACGCCACAUACCAAUGGUACCACGGUAAAACACGUGAGGAUUGCGUUGACUCUGAGCUGGGCUGUUUGUACCUCAUUGACAGCAUGAAUAAGACUCACGAAGGGGAGUACAGGUGUGAGUCUUCAGAGGAAGGCUAUACUAGGACAGUCAGGCAAUACAAGCUCAGCAUGAGCCACUCAGAAGCGCUCCGUCUCACUCCUGCGCUCUUACUGCUGCUCACAGCCUCUCAUGGCCUAAUACUCCACUUUUGAAGAUAUUACCUUGAAGUUCACAGGU